AUUUGAACAAGCACUAGGACCCUGAGGAAUCUUUCCUUCAACCUCAUCUGGUACCUGAUCGAGGAGAAGAAGCUGACACACAAAAUAAAAUGGCUAGCCAGUCACAAGGAAUACAACAGCUUCUCCAUGCUGAGAAACGAGCUGCAGAGAAGGUUGCUGAGGCCAGGAAACGCAAAGCCCGGAGGCUGAGGCAAGCAAAGGAAGAAGCACAGGGUGAGAUUGAACAGUAUCGUCUGGAGAGGGAGAAGGACUUCAGACAUAAGCAAGAAGCAGUCAUGGGGUCCCAAGGUAACUUGGCAGCAGAGGUCGAGCAACAGACACGUCAGAAGAUCCAGGCAAUGCAGGCGAACCACCACCGCAACAAGGAGAAAGUCCUGCGCCAACUGCUAAUGUUGGUGUGUGACAUCAAGCCUGAAAUUCACCACAAUUAUCGCAUUAAGAUGUAGGCAAGCAUAAAACAUGAUGAGCAACUAUUGCACCAAUACUGGUGCCUCAACAAUGAUGGCUAACCACUUGUCAAAAAAUUAAAAUUCGUACUCGGUUAAGUGAUUGGCUAAAGCAUCACUUCUUCUGCUUGUAAUGUAUACUCACAAGUUGUAAAUUAUUGUGUCUCUCCCAGUUGUUAAUUGUAAUAAUCAAGAAUACAUGAAUUCAUGUAAACUGUGCUGCGUAUAGAGAACCAGCAUUGAUCGAAAAAUAUUUGUCACUGUUAUUAGAUUCCAAUUCUGGAAACUGGGAGUUCAUUCCUUCCCUUUCAAUGCUGUCAAGAGUCGUUGGAAUUAUGCAAGAUUGUUGGUAAAUUGGUGAACUUUCCUCAUGUCCUGCACAGAAGUUGCUGACAGGGAUUCUCCAGCAUUAAAUCAUUGCUAUGUUGUUUUUAAAUUGCUUGUUUACUUCUUCCAAUCACAGAGCUAUACUUUAUUCCCUUGCUGCAUUUCACGCCAUCAUUAGUUCACCUUUGUUCCUGCUGAUACCAUUAUUCUCUGUCCCAGAUCAUAGUGUUAUGUUUCUCGCUUUUCUGUUUGGCUUUAUGAUGCAAGUCUUUGACAGAUGACCCAAAGCCUCCCUCUGAUUUUCCCUUGUCCCCGUCACACAGUUGAGGUUCGUUACCCACUUUCUGAAGUAUUGCAGAUGAAGUGUACAUUUUGUGAUGCAACAUGAGAGAAUUCCAGCUAGUGGGCUAUACAAAUGUUAUAAUAACUGGGCCAGCUAACAUGAGAGAUAUUUAACUAUUUUAACUGAUAAUAUUAUUUCAUUUUAGACUCUCUAAAUAUCAGUGUAACUGAAGGUAACCAGAGACAUUCAUUUCUGUAUCACAACAAAAUCCAAUCAACUUAGUAUAGACAGCUAAGCCCUAAACUGACAAGGCAUUUCCAGACCCCUUAAAGAAAAACUCUUACAUUCAUAUUUAAUGUACUUUCAAUAUAUUUGUUCUGAUCUUCAAGGCUUAGGCCUCAAGUAUUUGGUCUGAGUUGAAUACCAAGGACUUUAGUAAUGAACAACCAUCAAGGUAUAAUGUGCAGCGUUUGCUGUCAGGAAAACACAUUGACAGGGAACAGUAUCAGCAUUUAGAAUAUGCAAAAAUAAGCAUUACACUUCUUCAAAAUGUAAGAAAACAAAGUACCUGGUCUGUAAUGGAUUUCAAAGGAAGUAGACGACACAUGUACGGUAACGCCUUGAUGAGUUCGUAGUCAACAUUUCCAUUAGUAUCCACGCAAUAGCCAAGUUAUUAACAAUAUCUUCAAAUAUAUUACAAGAUUAACAAUAACAGAAAUUAAAAGGAAAACUAAAUCCCAUUUAAAUUCUCAAGAGAGCUCAAAUAGCAUGUUUUAUUCCUAAAUAAAGUAGCCUUCUAUUGCUACUCACCAACAAAUUUCUCUUUUGGAAUGACAUCAUUGUUGCCACUAUCCACGAAUUUCAUUUGACACUAUCAACUGCUGCAGUCUCAAGACUUGUCUUUUGCAAUAUGACCUAAAAGCUUUGGUAUUACGAUUUUUAAAAAAAUCAAGGUGAGUUUUGCUGAUCCAAUAAAAAUAAUAAAUCUCUUUCAUUAUGUUUUCUGUAACUAUAAGUUAUUUAUUUUGCAACUACAGUGUUAUUUUCUUUACAAUGUUAUAAUAAUGUUUUGCAUGACGUUGUCUUUUAGCAGUUCUUUCACUGGUUUCCAUGUUGUGUGGAUGCUGUUGCAGUCACUGGUGUACUUUGUGUCAAUCUGGAGAGUAUUAUAUUUGGUAAUUUAACCAGUCUGUUGGUCUCUUGCUGGGCCACUUACUGAGAAUAAACAUAAGUGGAUCCCAAAUA